AUGGACAUCUCUGCCACUGUGGCCGGCGAUACACAGCGGUUCUUCGAGCUUGAGAGUCGAGAUACCAUUCGUCAAUAUCUGGACACAUACUUUGACAAGUCAGACAUUGCGGACUGUGUCUUUCUCCAUAGAGCUACAACAAUCGCAGAAUGGAGUCAGGGCAAACUCGAAAAGACCUUGCUCAAAGCUAUCUGCGCUUCAGCACUACGACUUGCGCCGGCAUAUCACUCGGAGAGCUCGCCAGCGCAUACCUGGAUGAAGCAAGUUCAGCAUGAGUUGGUCAAUCACAUGGGCGACAUGUCAGUACCAAUGCUUCAAGCCCUCAUGUUGGUCAUCAAAUUUCUGUUCUCGAUGCGAUUCACCGGAGAUGUCUGGGUUCUCCUCUCAAUUGCGUCAAGAGUCGCAUUUACAAAGAGGCUAAACUACGAACGUCCAGCUAUCGAUCCAGUUAAACAAGAGUGUCUUCGGCGAUUGAUGUGGUCGAUAUAUGUUGUUGACAAAAUAUUCUCUGGUGGUAUUGAGGAUCUGACUGUUUGUCCCACGCAAAGAAUGCAUAUCCGCUUACCGAGCAGUCAUCACAACUUCCAACUUGGUUCAAGAUCAAAAGCGCCGUUCUUACGGAGUAAGAAUGAGAGCGACACGGACUUGAACGUGUUGGCGUACUUGAUGCGGCUAUACGACAUUCGAGAUAGAGUUUUGAGAUACACCAGACAGGUCAUCCUCAGUGGGACUAGUCCAUAUCUCAGCAGGGGCCAGUUGCGUUCACUAGAUCUGGAGUUGACAUCUUUUGAAGAGUCACUGCCAGAUGAGCUACAACUCAACGAAAACAGGCUGAUGAUUAUGUGUCACUCCGAGGAAGCACGCACAUAUACGACAUUGCAUACCAUGUUGUUCAGUUCUCGCUGCGACCUCCACCGGUUCCUUAUCCCCGGUAUCCGAGAGGCGGUAUCACCAGAAGCAGUGAACCAGACACCAAGAGGGUACAUUGACUACUGUCAGCAACAGUGCUUACAGACUGCACUAAGAUACAUAGACAUGUGGUCCAAGGUUCGGCAGAUGGAGACGAGUAGCCGUAUCGGGACACCGACAUUCGCCGUAGUGACUUACCAAUUCGUCAAGAUGGUUGAUCAUCUGGCCGCUCUACUGCCAUUACACGGGGAGUCAUCAUUACCGGCGAUCAAGCAGAAGUUUAUGGAUAUCCUGCUCAUUGUUUCGGGGAGCCGAGCUGAAGUUGGGUGGAUUGGUUCAUGCAUUACGGACAUCGAGAACCUCAUACCACGACUGGGGACAAGGCACAUAUCACCCGACUCACCCGCUUCGCCGGGGACUCUUCGCUUACAGGAAAAGCUGCACCGUCGUUCGAAGCAUGCCUUUGCUCCAGAUGACGAAGAGGAGGAAGACCCCGCUAUCCGACCACCAGAGUCGAAUACUGGCGAAGUUAUACCGGAGACUUCCCUUGAGUCCGCAGUGCUCGAGAGCGCUGCAGGGCAGGAUAUUUGGUCUUUUCCAGUUCAAGGCGAUGAACAGGGUUUGACUGGGUCGACGGGUGACGGAUCAUUAGGCUCAUUCUCAUCGAUGGGGUAUCCUCUCAUCAACUAUGACUCGAUCAACUCGGCUGACAUGGUGUUUGGGGACCAAGAACUCGGGUUUCCAUUGGAUCCGUUUGACCUGCAGAUGAAUGCUUAUACUGAUGCUAAUGCACCUCAAUAUUAA